AUGAGUUCCCAAGGAGAGAUGAAGACAAGCAGUGUAGUAGACUGCUUUCAUCUCCCCCGAGCACCACCACCACCACCACCCCCCGCCCCGCCCGCCAGCAGCUGCGAACUCCCAGCGUGGGCCGUGGCCGAGACCAGCUGGCCCCGUUCCUCACCCCUGCUCAGCCCGGGCCCCGAAGAAUCAGCCCACACUGACACCAAGGCAGCUGGGGAAAGCCGAGGUGAAGCCAACAAGAGGCAGAGUUCAGAAAAUGGUGAUGAAGGGCAAACCUUGCUAGCUAUUAGGCAACAUUCGAGACCAGAAAAUGCAAAUAAAAAUACCGAGACUUGCUCGGGCAGUGGCUCAUCAGAAGGGAAAGAAAAAACAAAAAAGGAUCCUCCGUGUCAAGCUGCUCUGUUGGAAGCUUGGAUGGCAACGAUUGGGGUGACUGGCGUCUCCAGAAUCCAGUUCGCAGCCACCAAGCCAGAGUUUCAUUUGAGCUCCGUAAAGAUAAAGUGUCCCCAACCUGGUGUUCAUAGUUGGACCGCUCUCCUGGCUGACUCCGUGACUCAAGCAGUUGAGGAUUCUUCCUUCUUUUGGUGCUGUCAGGUUCAAAAUGUGACCUCCAAGGUCACUAGAGGAGGUGGAAAAAUUAUGGGAAAGGCCUAUCAGAUGUCAGCUCAACUGUCACUUCCUCAGAGAACACUUCACAAAGACACCAGGUGACAUGGCAGUGAAAGUGACAGGUGUAGAUGCUUUGAGAGUCAUCGUGAGGUUCUACCACCUUUUCCCUCUGACGCAAGGCUCAUCAUGUUCUCAGAUGGGAAUCUUCUAUCAACAUGGAUCCCAAAGUGAAGAGGAUGAGGGAUGGGGCCAGAGUUGACCUCAACCAACAUGGAACACGAGCGAAAUAAUUAGUUUUUAUUCUUGUAAGGAACUGAAAUUUGAAGGUCGUUUGUUAUUGUGGCUUAACCCAGGGAAAGAGGACUGAUACACUUUCCUUCGCAAAAAUUAUAUAUCAUUUGACUCAAAUUUAGAGCUAUAUGCCUCAUGAAAAAAUGGUCAUUCCCAUUUGGGUGAGUCAUCCGUCAGUGUUAUCCAGGUGCAGAGCUUCAGGAAGGCACAAAUGUCAUCAUGAGGAAGUGGAAUUCUCAACCAGUAAAGCCAGUGGGCUAACUUUUAUAUUCACCAGCCUCAAAGAUAUGGAAGCCAGCUUGCCUUGCAGCUCUGCUGGAAGUGCCCAGAGGAUCCCAUCUGAAAUAUGGAGGAGAGUUUGCAACAAGAGAUUGCUAUCAAUCAGACAGGGAUUUCCUUUCUUAGUUAGGAAAAUCAAUGAGGUGGGGGAGAGAUUUAUCUGCUGAUUUAUACAGAAACAAGAAUAGUCAGAGCUCAUCAUAAUAUCAUUUUUAAGAGUAAUAUCGCAUAGAGAAGUAUAAAAGAAACUCACUCAAGACAAAAAGAGUUUGUACAGAUUGGCCAAGUUCUUUCUUAAUGUUCCUUCCUCCUCCUCGUCCUCCCAUCCCUGUUCCAUUUCCCUUCUCUGUCUUUCUUCCUUGUCUUUACCCUAAAUCUACUCAUGGCCAUCUUUGGAAGAUGUGAGGAUAAUAAAUAUAAAUAGAUAUAUAGAGAUGUUCCCUACUGCCAGCAAAAGAUGAAUUAAAUAUACUCUUAUUUCGAGUUUAGUCCAUUUAUAACUCUAAAAUAUUAAAAGAACUUCUUAACCCUAAACCUCUAAAGUUUGAAAAACCUUCCAAAAACAACUUGAUAUUUGACGGGUUUUGACACUUUCUUUUAAGUAAUGCCAAAGUGUAUUCUCACUUCCCCAGGCUUGCCCAGCCAUGAACAGCUUCAGUUCAAGCUUUCCCUGAGUAUCUGCUAGGAUCAUAAAUCUGUUUUCAUGUAGAACUUGUACUUUUAAAGUGUGGAUUAUC